UCGCCCGCUGAAGUGAAGGGAGCGGGGAGACGAUCUCUGAAAGAAACAUCGGCAACAGAGCACAACGACCAACUACUGUCUUGCCUCUUGAUAGACCGAUCAGGCGGGCACAUUCAUUCAUAGAUCUGCGCUCUCAUCUUGCCCCGCCUUGCCUGGCCUCGCCUCGCCUGGGAUGAUCGGCUUGUCGUUGACUGCAGUGAUGUCGAUGUGAUGCAGAAGCGACGAGCAUUGCCGAUGACGAGUGAAAUUGGCUGACAUCCGAGGUCGAAGACACGACAUUGCAAUGCGCAUUAGGCUUUCGUUGCCCGGAGCGAAUUAUUGACGCUCCUGCCGCAGAAGGAUUUGUGGAUCGGGGCUCUAGGGAGGGUUGUAAAACAGAGCGGCCGUGGGUCGGAUCUUCAUUAGGUGUUGUGCGGAGGGUGGUGGUAGGUUAUUUCUCGAGGUUGGUUGGUUGGUCGGGUUUCGAGUGAAUCUGCCGGCCUUGGGCAGAUUAUUGGAAAGGUUUAUCCGAGUUGUUGCGACGGGUGGACCGGUGGACUGGAUGGGGGCAGGAUUGAAAGUUCACACGAGAGGGAGGGAAAAGCUUUUCGACAUUUGAGUGGAGAUGUUUGAAUAGCUGACGAAAGAACUCGGGGAAACACGCGCAAUAAGUGUUUAUUGAAAUGAACUCGACCUGAAGUUUGAUGUCCUCGAUCUUGGCAGAAAUUCAACCGAAGUUGCUGAUAUUGAUAGUUCCCGAGGUCUCGACGCCUGCCAACUGGCAUUGCUCGGUUUUGCUUAUUCUGGCGGAAUCUUUGGAUCAUCCAGGUUAUUAACGCAAUUAGCGACUGCCUUGUUAGCUUACCUGGAGUGUGAUACUGGAGUCUUCUGUACUUCGUGUAUUUUCCAGCGGGUUUCGGUCUCUUCAUUUUGUCGCAUCUUUCCUAUCUUCAUCGAUAGUGUCAUCGACUGAGUCUAAUUUGACUAAUUUGUUACUCUCCUACUAUCCCCUGGGUACGAUCAUAGAAGUGGACUGAUUUCUUCCAGCUCAAUCCCGCGUCAUCUUCUCGGAUACUUCCUUCUCGAAAGGGAAGAAGAACGUAACACACACGGUUGUGUGUGUUGCGUUCUUCUUUAAAGUCUGUCAAAAUUCAGCGUUUAGGGAGCGUGGAUCUGGCGGCGGGGGAUCCCAACACCUCACCAUUUGUUGCACGCAGAUUUGUGGCGUCCAGCACUGCCGUCAUGAUGGACGAUGAUCGGAAGGACGUGGAGUCCGCCAUCAUGGGGGGUUACCAGGAGAAAUCAAAAGCUUUCUCCUCGUUGAAGCACAAGGCUAAGGCUCCUUGGAUUGUCAGGUUUGUCCUGCGGUUGGAUAAGCGAAUUUACUAUCUUAUCACGGCCCUUACAAUCCUGGGACUCUUCCGGAUAGGAAGUCUCACGUCUCCAAUAAUUGUCUUUGUGUUGUUUGUUUGCACCCUGAGCAUUGGACUGGCAACUUAUCUUGCGCGCUGGGUGCUUGCAAAGGACGAGGGACCCCCAGAAAUGAGUGAGAUUUCAGAUGCCAUUCGAGAUGGUGCAGAGGGUUUCUUCCGCACACAGUAUGGUACAAUUUCGAAGAUGGCCGUUGUACUUGCGAUUGCUAUAAUGGGCAUAUACACCUUCCGAAAAUCUACUCCUGAGCAGGAAGCAUCUGGAUUAGAAAGGUCAUCCUUGGCUUUUAUUACUGUCCUUUCGUUCUUGCUUGGAGCAUUAUGUUCUGGGGUGGCCGGUUAUAUUGGCAUGUGGGUAUCAGUUCGGGCAAAUGUACGAGUUUCAAGUGCUGCUCGACGAUCGGCUAGAGAAGCUCUGCAGGUAGCGUUGCGGGCCGGAGGAUUCUCUGCUCUCAUAGUUGUUGCGAUGACAGUCCUUGGAGUGGCAGUUCUUUACUCCUCAUUCAGUGUGUUCCUGAAUGUUGAUGGUGGUCCUCAUAAUAUGAAAACAACUGAAUUACCAUUGCUAUUGGUUGGAUACGGGUUUGGCGCAUCAUUUGUUGCUCUCUUUGCUCAGCUUGGAGGCGGAAUCUACACAAAGGCAGCAGACGUUGGUGCAGAUCUUGUUGGAAAAGUUGAGCAGGGCAUUCCUGAGGACGAUCCCAGAAAUCCCGCUGUCAUAGCGGAUUUGGUUGGAGAUAAUGUUGGUGACUGUGCUGCUCGUGGUGCAGAUUUGUUUGAGAGCAUUGCUGCAGAAAUUAUAAGCGCAAUGAUUCUUGGUGGUAGUAUGGCCAAGCGCUGCAAGUUGGAGGAUCCUUCAGGCUUCAUUCUGUUUCCGCUAGUGGUGCACUCUUUUGACCUGGUGGUAUCUGCUAUUGGAAUUUUGUCCAUCAAGGGCACAAGGGACCCAAGUUCCAAGUCAGUAGUUGAAGACCCAAUGGCUAUUUUGCAGAAGGGGUACUCAUUGACACUAUUCCUCGCAGUUAUUGCCUUCACUGGUUCCACUAGAUGGUUAUUGUAUACAGAACAAGCACCGACAGCUUGGCUACACUUCGCAUUAUGCGGCUUGGUGGGGAUUGCCACUGCAUAUCUUUUUGUCUGGAUCUCACAGUACUAUACCGACUAUAAGUACGAACCAGUGCGGAAUGUCGCUCUUGCAAGUACAACAGGACAUGGGACAAAUAUAAUUGCCGGGGUCGGCCUGGGUCUGGAGUCGACAGCAAUGCCUGUACUUGUCAUAAGUGUUGCAAUUAUUCUAACAUAUUGGCUCGGGAAGACCGCUGGCCUCGUCGACAGUGACGGACUUCCCACAGGAGGCUUGUUUGGUACAGCUGUUGCCACUAUGGGGAUGCUGAGCACCGCAGGUUACGUUUUGACAAUGGACAUGUUUGGACCAAUUGCAGACAAUGCUGGUGGAAUUGUGGAGAUGAGCCAGCAGCCUGAGAGUGUGAGGGAGAUUACAGAUCUUCUGGAUGCUGUUGGAAAUACCACGAAGGCAACUACGAAGGGUUUUGCCAUUGGGUCUGCAGCUUUAGCGGCAUUCCUUCUGUUCAGUGCUUACAUGGAUGAAGUUUCGUCCUUUUCUGGAAUUCCCUUUACAACGGUUGACAUUGCAAUCCCAGAGGUCUUCGUUGGUGGUUUACUUGGUUCUAUGCUUAUAUUCCUCUUUAGUGCAUGGGCAUGCGCUGCCGUGGGUAGAACCGCUCAAGAGGUUGUGAAGGAAGUGCGAAGGCAGUUCAUCGAGCGACCGGGCAUUAUGACUUAUCAAGAGAAACCGGACUACGCUCGGUGUGUAUCAAUUGUUGCAUCAGCUUCUCUACGCGAAAUGAUCAAACCAGGAGCUUUGGCUGUUUUCUCACCCGUAGCCAUCGGCAUUACCUUUAGAAUAUUGGGACACUACACCGAUCAGCCUUUGCUGGGAGCCAAGGCCGUUGCUGGAAUGCUCAUGUUUGCGACCGUGACGGGAAUCUUAAUGGCGCUGUUUUUGAACACGGCCGGUGGAGCAUGGGACAACGCGAAGAAGUACAUCGAAAGUGGAGCCUAUGGUGGCAAGGGCAGUGAAACACAUAAAGCAGCUGUGACGGGAGACACUGUGGGAGAUCCGUUCAAGGAUACAGCAGGGCCUUCAAUUCACGUGCUCAUCAAGAUGUUGGCAACUAUUACAUUGGUCAUGGCACCUUUGUUCCUGGAAGGUUGAACUGAACAAGUUAGGGAGGCUACGUUUAGCAGGACUAUUGAUGUUCGCCCUAUAGCUAGAACUGAUUGUUGCAUCUCUGUUCGUCCCUCUUAUACUCUGACAUUUGUUCUAGGAAAAAGUACAAGUGGCAGAGACUUAUAAGUUCCAGCAAAAACUGGGUGGACCUGCAAUUUGGAAAUUUAAGUUCAUGAGUUGUCUCCAAUAAGUGGCUGCGCCGCCGAAUCUUAAGAGUUUAGACUUGACAGUGGUUCUAUAGAUUGUUGGAGGACGUAGUCGAUUUUGACAUGCGAAACGUUUAAUUAACCCGGCUCGGGGCAGCUCACGUACUUGGAAGCCAUGUCGUACUGUAAUUCUUACAUUUGUGUCAAAUGACAACGGACAUCAGCCGAAAGGCAACAAACUAGGUUUUAGUGGAGGUUGAAGAGCUUGCUCUACAGCUGAAGUAGUAGGAGAGCAGUUGGAGGUGUUGAAGAGAAGACAAUCACACCCUUUGUAUCAUUUAUGCAGUCACUGCACGAUUGAAGAGAAUGCCAGCUACUGGAUUCACAUG